AUGAGUACUACAAAAUCUACAAUUACAAAUCAAAUGACAAUUAUGUCAAAAUUACCGAGUGUUUUAAAAUGUAAUGGUCCUAAACUUGUACCAUUUUUUAAGACUGUUGCAAUAUUUUUUAUACUUUUUCCCAAAGCUAAAUAUAAAACUGCUGAUAUGUUCUAUUUAAUAUUUAAAUGUUUACCAAUAUGUUCAUUAAUUUUAUUUAUACUAUUAAAUGGAAUUAAUUUACGUGGUUUUGAAUAUUCAUAUUCGCGACGAAUUCUAACUGGUUUAGCUUUUUCAUUACUUGGAGAUGCAUUACUUGUUUAUGAUCAUUCAUUUUUCAUUCAUGGUGUUCUAGCAUUUGGUAUAUCACAUGUUUUAUAUGCUACAGCAUAUGGUAUGAGACCAUUAAGAGUAUUUAUGUUACCAUUCAUGGUUUUACCAGUUAUUGUUAUUUAUUUAAUGCUUUCUGGUGUUCUCUAUAAACCAUUAUCAUAUGUUAUUUAUGCAUAUAUUUGUUUAACAAUGUUUAUGAUAUGGAGAGCAAUGGCAAGAAUAAAAAUUGAUAAUAAUGAAUGGACAUGGACAAGAUUUUAUAGCUUUCUUGGUGGAAUACUUUUUGCUACAAGUGAUGCACUUCUUGCUCUUGAUCGUUUUGUCACUCCACUAGCACAUUCACAAAUACUUGUUAUGACAACAUAUUAUGCUGCCCAAUUACUUAUAGCAUUAUCUGUUGUUGAUUCACAUGAAGAUACCGAAAUGAAUUUUCAUGUUAUACAAGAAACUGAUAUAAUUAAACUUGUUCAAGAACAAGGAAAAUUUUUAUCACAAGUACAUCGUGAUGAUUUAUUUGCAUUAGUAUCAGCUAAACGUGCAUCUAUACAACAAACAGUUGCAAAUACACAAAUUGGUCAAAAUAUUGUUUUAUUAUUAAAUCGUACACCGGUUGUAAUGUUUGUUAAAUCAACAAAACAUAAAAGUAAUUAA